AUGGCAAGUGCUCAUCGAUGUGGAAAGACUGAACUCGUACGCAGCAUAGACCCGGAUUCCAUAUCUAGACCUACUCGCUCGGAAUAUGGACAUGUGGUAUACUCACUUACCUUUUCACUCAAUGAAAUCCCACAUAUCGUCACAAUCACGGAAAUGGAUGAAGAAGCCAUACAGCCGGAUUCAACAAACUUCAAGUGGCCAGAGGCCGUGACGAAUGCACAUGGAGUCCUCCUCUGCUACGACACUACAAACAGGAUGACAUUUAUGACGAUGCCUGAAAUAUUGGAUGCCUUCGCUGAACACAAAGUGCCAAUCGCUCUCGUAGGCUGUAAAGCUGAAGCGUCGAAUCUACGUGAUGUGGAUGCCAAGCUGGGCUCAAAACUUGCACUCUUAUUCGAUUGUCAGUUUCGUGAGAUAUCUAUGACUAUGCCGGCUGCUACGAAGGAAUUCUUUGGUGAUUUCUUGAAUGAGAUAUUGAGGAGAAGAGAAAUCGUACAACAACGAAACGAAUUACUGGGAUCAAACAAGGAUAAACUGGAAAGCAAAUACGACUCAUUAAGAAUGCAACUACGACUAUUAAGACAACAGAAUCAAGCUGCUCUACUAGCUUCAACGGCAGCCGCAAACCCAUCGAAUAGUAAUAACAAUAAUAGCAGUAGCAGUAGUAAUACAGGUACUGGUAACACAACACCACCAAGAUCACCAAUACCAGACGAAACAGCCUCAACAACACCACCACCACUCCAAGUCCCAGUCAGACGAGAAUCAACCAUCGUCUACCCAAUGCCGAUAAUGAGACACUCGUUCUCGUCACCUCCUCGUAAAACCACUUCACCGCCUACUUCACCCACUGCCACAUCGUCACCCGCCAUCAAACAUGCUUCUGCACCUACCUUGCCUGUAGUACUCAGCAACGCCACUCGUAGUAGUGCUGUGGCACCAGAAACGCCAGAAAUCAGACCAGUAUCUAUAUCAACUUCGGAUUCAUUGGAUGAUGAAUCGUCGAGUCGGGAUGCAUCGAUUCUGGAACCUGUUGUUGAAGACGAGUCCACUCUGAAGAGUGCAGUCAUUACUACUGAUGAUAUCAUGAAUGCACCAGUAGAUAGUGGCAUUGAUUCCAUCUUGGACGACUAUGCUGGUGAACAAUCGAACCAUACAACACCGCCUUCUGGUUCUGCUGUUACUGAAAAUGAGAAACGAGAUUCUGGUGGUGGUUCUGGGGCUGUGACCCCACCAAAUGCCGAGUCGAGUGUUGUUAGUAGUGCCAGGUCAACGUCAUUGAGUUCAGCAAGAGGACCACAUCUAGUGGCUCCAAAUGGAUUUACCAUUGAAGAGUUGAUCGAUAGGUUGACCUCUCCAGAAGUGCAUGACAUGGAAUUCACAAAAGUAUUCCUCAUGCUUUACCGUAAAUUCCUCCGCCCAUCCGAAUUCCUAGACAAACUCAUGGACCGAUUCGACGCAUUCGAUAGUAAAGACGAAACAGUAUAUACUCGUGGGGCACCAAUCCACCCAGUCCAACUACGAGUCUGCAAUGUCCUCAUCCACUGGUGUCAAGAAUAUUGGCCAGAUUUCGCAUCAGACAGAAUGAGAUUCACUCUCCACGUCUUUUUGGAAAUCUGCUCUGUGCGCCCUGCUUUUGCUGCUGUGUGUCAAAAACUAGCUUCGCUAGCUUUUAGAGAUCCACCCACACAAGCUGAUCGAGAGGGCAUGGAUUGGGGACUUGUCGAUAUUGAUGAGAUGGAGAAUGUGGUCACGUUAAAGACGAGUAGGGCUAAUGGACUGAAGGCUGAUAAAGCGUAUUCGCAACGUAAACCGACUUUGGGUGGUAUGACUGGAGUUGCUGCUUCAUCAUCGGAUGCACACGGUGGUAAAGGACCAAGAGUAGGAUCAGACGAUUACAAGAGACUGAAAUCGGAAUCCACGUUAUCACUGUCUUCUACGUCGUCUGGUGGAUCAACUAUAAGUAAAGAGCAGCAGAAGUUGUUGGAUACUGCUAGAUUGAUUGAGGCGUCAUUCUCACUGGGAGGGAAGGCGGCUUCUGGAUUGGAUGUCAGCGGUGGAGGAGAUAUACAGCAUACAUUCCUGAAUGCGCCAUUCCUGGAUUUGGAUAAUGAUGCUAUUGCACAACAGUUGAAUCUGUUGGAGUGGGAGACUUUCUCUAAGAUCAAGCCAAGAGAUCUAGUACAACACAUAUGGAGCAAGAAACAUAAAGGUCGUCAUCCACCCACAAUCACUGCCAGUAUAGACCACUUCAACUUUAUCUCGAAAUGGGUCCAGACCAGAAUCUUGUUGCAAAAGAAAAUUAAGAUGCGGGCCAAGACCAUGAUUAAAUUUAUGAAGAUUGCUAUGGCCUUACGAAAUGCAAACAACUUCAACAGUCUAAUGGCAGUCUUGGCUGGUUUGAAUUCAGCACCUAUUGCUCGACUUCACAAUACGAGAAAGCUACUAGUAGAUCGAACAACUUUCCAAACAUUCGAGGCUCUGGAGAAACUCAUGUCGUCUGAGAAAUCAUUCUCUGCGUAUCGGUUUGCCUUGAAGAGGAGUGAAUUGCCUUGUAUACCGUACUUGGGCCUAUUCUUCAGAGACUUGUUAUACAUUGAUGAGAUGAACAAGGAUAGGAGACCUGACGGGACUGUCAAUUUGCCGAAAUUUUUGUUGAUGGGGGAUACGAUUAUGAUGAUUCGGAACUUUCAGCAGAGGUCAUAUCAAGUGAGUAGAGAUCCGUAUAUCACACGAGUCAUUAGUGAUACACCGCUCAUGAAUGAUGAUGAUGCAUACAACACGUCACUGGAAAUGGAGCCUCGAGCUACAUAA